AUGUUCACCAUGACCUCUCCACCAGAGACCUCUCCGCUGGCAGUCAGGUCUUCUGUUGCGCAGUUUGCCUUGGAAUCCAGCUCCGCUAAAGGGGUAAGCAAGGUCGUCGAGGCUGUUGGUGUCGACACGCGUAGGCCACCACGCACAGCAAGCUACGCAGCUUCGUCCACGGAAACGAGCGAUCGCACAACGUAUUAUUCAAGCGGCUCGAGCAGCGCCGCCACGACUGAGCGACCUGCGCAGGAUGGCAGGAUUGCGGCGCUGCAUCGCUUUCCCUCUUCGACGUCCUCUGCCUUUACAGCCGCAUUUUCAGAGUCGGUGUCAUCCAAGCACUCCUUCACUGUUGUCUCUGUAUGCGACAGCUCGCCAUCGAACCCGAUCAGGCACGCACCGAUGAAUGCUAAGAGUGACUCUACGCAGCGAGGUCGAGGGCAGUGUGCUGAGGCUGAAGUGCCAUCACCUCCCUACCGCCUGAUCGAUGAUACCCAGACAGCCCGCCGGCUCUUCUCUACCGACACGGAAUCUUCUACGUAUGUCACGCCGCGUGGUACCGUGGUGGACACUAUCCGCAUUACAAAUCCUGAAAGCAAUAAGGGGCGGCAUUUUUUCCCUACCUUCUCCGUGCAACGGCAGCUUAGGGCGACCGUCGAGGAGGACUCUGGGCGUUGCACCUCUAUUGCCUCGACUCCAGAGACGAUUGCAUCGCCAUCAUUGAUGAAAAUGCAGACUGUUUCGCCGAAGAAAACAGUUUCCUCGACCGGGCCAAGCACUUCUUCUCGUGGCAUCGAUAAGCGUACCGAUAUCGACGCAUCACACCUAUGCUCCACGGACGUUGUCUCUCUUUCACGGGUUGUCCCCUCCAUUCGCUCAUUCGCGCCGUUUUCCCGCUCCAGCACCACUCGGUCACAGGGGAGCUGCGCGUCCCCGCAGCCCCUCUCCGAAGACGAGUCGUGGCCGAUCUCUCGGGACUCCAUCGAAGCUGGUGUGUGUCUUCGCCGAGACAGCCUACACACAAGACGCGCGCAGAGCACGUAUCGCGAGGGGUCACUCUCGGGGCGCGUGACCUCUGCCUUAAGUGCCUUGCCACCUGGUAUUCGUAAUGGACGGCUACGCUCCGCGUCUGCAGGCCGUGACACGACAUUCAGAUCAGCCUUUUCCGCGAAGAUGCCCAGCUUUUCGUCAUUUGGGCACCGUGUGUCACCCACAGUGGCGAACCGCGCGGCGCCGUCGUCAUGUCAUACCAGAACAUCUUCUCUACUUCUCAGCAGUGCCGUUUACCCCGUCUUCCUCGCCACAACAACCCGCUCGAGGUACAAUCUGCUCGAUGACACCACCACGACGUCGGCAACAGAGUCUGCCGAGCGCGACAUCAUCACGGAGGAGCUGGCGAUGCAGCGUCGGCUGAGCCGCUUGAAGUUGGAGUUAGCGCAACAACGGGUGGAGCGGCGGAGACGUGGUGGGCACACUAGUUCCCUGUGA